CUCCAAUGUGGCUUAAAACUGGCUUUAACAGGCGACAAACGACGACCUGAACAUCGCUCUUUUUUUUUGGUUUUUUUCCCCUGAAGAAGAAUGGCUGCAAUUGGACAAAAUACACCCACACCUAUUCCAGAUAGUUACAGUGAUAUAUAUUCUAAUUAUUAUGUGUCUGACUAUGAAGAUGAAGUGUGCAACAAGACAACCGUAAACCAGUUUGGAGCAAUGUCCACGCUUGUGUUUUUCUCCAUUGUGGUGAUCUUCAGUCUGUUUGGCAACAUACUGGCCAUGGUCAUUUUGGCCAAGUAUGAGAACCUCAAGUCGCUCACCAACACUUUUAUCCUGAACCUGGCUGUAUCUGAUCUCAUCUUCACCGUAGGGCUGCCCUUCUGGGCCUACUACUACAUGUAUGGAUGGACUUUAGGGGAGCACACGUGCAAAAUAGUCAGCUUUGUCUUUUACAUCGGCUUCUACAGCAGCGGCAUCCUGCUCAUCAUGAUGACGAUUCACCGGUAUGUAGCCGUCGUGAGUCCCCUGUCAGACUUUGUGUCCCCAAAUGGCGUCUACGGCAUCAUGGCAUCUGUCAUCAUUUGGGCUGUGAGCUUCUUGGCAGCAGCUCCAGCCUUGCUCUUCAUGGAAGUCCAGGAAGAAAAAUAUUGUUAUUAUAGUUCUACCUGGAAGUCAUGGGGAACCUACCUGCAAAAUGUUCUCUUUAUAAUGACAUGUCUGGUUGUCAUUUUUUGCUAUACUCAGAUCUUGUGCAGGCUUCUGCGGCCUACAGCGCAGAGGAGGAGACACAGACACAAAACUUUAAAGCUGAUCUUAAUACUUGUGUUUGUUUUCUUUGUGAGCUGGGCACCGUACAAUAUUGUUAUAUUUCUAAGGUCCCGGGCUUCUCAAGUCCAAGAAACUGCUGACUCAUCGACCUUGUCUGAAAAUUGUAAAACCUACAGCAAUCCACUGGCCUAUGCCUUCUACAUCAGUCAGCUUUUUGCUUUCUCACACUGCUGCCUUAACCCUGUCUUCUAUAUGUUUGCUGGAGUCAAAUUUAGAAACCACUUGAAAAAAAUGCUGAAGGGCUGGAGUCGCAAAAGCAACAGUCAGUGCACGAGAAAUAGCCGGCUCACCAUGAUAUCAGUGACAAGUGGUGAGGAGUUCUCGAUAACCACGUUUCCACAGCAAGCCUAAGCAAGGCUCGGGCCGACUGCACUGUUUAUAACACACGUUUUUUUCUUAUUCAUAUUACACUGAGUGAGGGGGUU